AUGAGGGGAGGCAGGGAUGGAGCCGCACUCGUGACAGCGUGCCGAGCGCUCACGCGCAUCCCUCCUCCCGCCGAGAUGCAGCAGGGCCGGCCAUCCCUCUGCUGCGUCUCCACCAUCCGCAGCUCGCAGGGACCACCCGAGCCAGCCGCUGCCGCCGCCACCGCCCACUUCAGCUUCUGCCGCAGCCUCCUGGAGCACACAGUGUCGGCCGAAAACCUCAGCUACCGCCUGCAGCGGAACCCGGGCAGCAGCCUCACCUGGCACGACGGCCGGAGCCAGCGCCCCGACGGCGGCCGCACCGUCAAACUCCUGCGCCAGCCGGGCACCGAGGGCUCACAGGGCCGUGGCUGUGACCACUAUGGCAUCUACCACACCAGCCCCACACUGGGCAGCCUGGUCAAGCCGGUGGUGCUCUGGACCCAGCAGGAUGUGUGCAAAUGGCUGAAGAAACACUGCCCACACAACUAUCUCAUCUACGUCGAGGCUUUCUCCCACCACGCCAUCACAGGUCGGGCGCUGCUGCGGCUGAACGGGGAGAAGCUGCAGCGCAUGGGGAUCGCGCUGGAGGCGCAGCGGCAGGAGGUCCUGCAGCAGGUCCUGCAGCUCCAGGUGCGCGAGGAGGUCCGGAACCUGCAGCUGCUCAGCCAAGAUUGCACCAACACUGUGAACCGAGCUCCGCUGGGAUGGGCUGUGCACCGCCGAUACGAGACCUGAGCCACACGCUUGGAAUAUGAAGAGACAGCUUCCCAGACACUCUGGGGCUUCUCUCCUGCUUCUUCCUUCUUUUUCUUUUAAAGGAAUACAUUCCCGUGCAGGGAUGGAAUGUUUCUUCCAGCAGACAUGGCUCUUAGCUGGAGGAAAAUUAGCAAAGCAGCUGCUGGGACAGAUGAUGAACUUUCACUCACCUGAGCCUGAUAGUUCACAGGGAAAGAGAUGGAAAAAAGGAGAUGGCAACAGGCAUGGCUCAGUGCUGUGGAGAAAGGGAACAUGUGAUUCCUGGGACAGCUCAGAGCCACGUGCAGGACACUGAAGCAUUGUGCACGUGGGCAAUAUCCCAGCACUCGGCAACUUGUAUCCGUGCCUCGGAGCUUAUUUAGGGAGCUUUAAUUUUCUCAUCAGACUGGGCUGUCUUCCAGCGUCCGAGGAGGUGACGUUAUCAGCAGCAAAUAAGAUGAUCCAACCAGCCAAAAAAAUUCAAAGCAGGGCCAAGACCCCAGCACCCGGCUCCACUUGGUGAGUUAAAAAUGGAGCUGAGUCAUCAGAGCUGGAAAAUCUGGAAGUAAAGGCAGGAUGGAUGUGCUGGGAGGGUGCUGUGGCCUGGAGGGAACUGUACCAGGAGCUCGUCCUUCAUCCGCGGGCAGAGGGGGGAGCCCGUGCAGGGGCCAGUGGGAGCAGACGCGGAUGCUGACGGGUUGUGUGGGUGCUGCCCCGGGUGAGGAUGGGGGAUUACUGGGUGCCAGGUACCCCCAACACCGAUGCCCAGCCCUGCUCCUCUCCGUGCUCCCACCAGCUCUGAAGAGCUCUGCUCCACUAGGCAUUGACAGGUGCUCAUCCUGACCUCCUGCCCAGGGGCUGGCGAUGGUGCCACCAAACCCAGGCACCUUCCUGAUGACCUUCACCAUCAAUAAGGUGAAGGUGUUUGCUGUUGCACCCCUCCACCCACUGAACCGCCCUGUCCAGAGCCAGAGGCUGCUCAUGUGGGCAGGUAAGGAACACUCAUGUGUAAAAUAGGAUCUGGGGGUGGGGUGGAUGCUGUCACCUCCCCAUGGUCCUCCUCCAGUGAUGAGGGCAGGGCUGUGGAUCAUGGGGGUCCAAAAAGAGCAGCACCCCAAAGUCCCUGGGGCACUGGGAUGUGGAGGCAGGUCACAGUGCCCCCCGGUCAGGCACCCACCCACUUGCUUCUCUGCUGGUAAUAAAUUAGAGACUGUUAUUUUAA